AUGGCAGCCAGCAAAGGUAACGGCAAAGAUAACGGCAACGACAGACAGGGUGCAAAGAGCACCGUGGCCUUUGGGCGCGACCCGGCUGGCGGGACCCAUACUGCCAGCACGCAGCUGCGAUGCGGAAAUAGGGGUCCAUUGGCCAGGGCCGUCAGCUCUGGGCGCUGGCUGCGUGGAGAGUGGUGUGUGGUGGGCACAUGA